CACUGCUGUUCAGGGUAGCAUACGUUAGCCAUUCGUCGACGUACCUCGUAGGGUAUGGUAUGAUAUCAGUGGUACAUUUAGUAUAAUAUGAUAUUUUAGUCAAAUUCGCCUUCGCCACAUCCCGGUCGAUGUUUAUGGAUAGGAAGUUGACAUCUCUUUGAACGGACUUACAGGUAACGUUACGAAAAUGCCAUUACAUGGCAAAGUAGUCGUGAUUAAGAGGAGUGGAGGAGAUGGGACUGAGUUUCCUCUUACUGCAACAUGCUUAUUUGGAAGGAAGCCUGACUGUGAUAUUCGUAUUCAGCUUCCUCAAGUCUCCAAGGAGCACUGCAGAAUUGACUUGAAUGAAAAUAAAGAGGUCAUUUUGACAAAUUUGAGCUCAGUGAAUCCAACCCGUGUCAACGGAGAAGCUCUGCAGCAGUCUGAGCGUUUGAAGCAUGGAGAUGUGAUAACAAUUAUUGACCGUUCUUUCAGGUUUGAGUACCCUCCAGCACCCACACCAAAGAAGAGGUCUUCUGCAGGAGGCAAAAGUGAAACCCUCAAAGUUCUUCAAGCUCAGCAAGUAGUAGACAUUGUCACUGCUGAAACAGGAGAAAAGAGGAACUCUGAAGUCUUCACAGAUGGAACUAAUGACAACUUCCAGCAAUCCCUGGAGAAAACUGUGGAGGUGGAAUCCAAGGAGGAUAGCAGCCUGCUGCAAAACAAGACCAAUUCCCCUUUCAACGAUCUGUAUCAAAUGAUCAAAAAGUCUCUGGAUGUCAAGACCCCUCGGAAAUCUUCUGCCAGUCUGCUUCAAACACCUGCCUCAAGGUUUUGCACUCCAAAACCUGGUUCCGUCCAAAAAAAUGAUGGGAAACCUGUCAUUUCCACAGAAGACAUGAUCAUUCCUAAGAAGGAUGAUGCUAAAGUCUUUCCUGGAGCUGAUGAAAUCAAGGGGGAAGUUGUAAGUAUUAGUAAUGGGACCCCAAAGUCUGUUAAGAAGCAGAGGAAGUCCUUCCAGGUUCCUUCUGAGAUGGCAGAACCUGCAGCACCUGAACAUCCAGCCACGUCUGAAGCCACUUUACCUCAGAAGAGAAACCGUGUCAGCCCCCAGAGGUAUACUGCAUCUGAGGUUAUUGAUCAAGUCUCUGCUCAAACAUCAAAGUCACCAUUGAGAAGACGGAGCAAGGAGGCCACACCAGUCAAAGCCUCCGUGACAAAGGAACAAGAAGAGCCAGCAAUGCCAUCUCCCAAGACAAAGCAGCUACAAAAGGCAUCACCAAGGAACUCGGGCAAAACUGAAAAAGUGAAAGACUUGCCAAAAAAACGCAAAAGUGGAGAACUUGCAGCCGACUUGCCCACAUCACGAAUGAAGAAGAAACGUGUUUCCUUUGGAGGUGCCCUGAGCCCAGAGUUAUUUGACAAACGACUGCCUCCUGACUCUCCAUUACGCAAGGGGGCCACUCCGCGAAGAAGCUUGUGUCUGUCUCAACCCAAACUGUCCCUCCUUAGAAGAGCAUCAGUCAUUGGCUUCCUAAAGGAGUUUGAAGAUAGCCCAAAUGUGCAAAGAAGUCCUGCAAAAAAGAGGACUCCAUCACCUAAAAAGUCACCAAGUGCCAAGAAUGCUUCUCCUAAGACCCCAACGCCUGGAAAGAAAUCACCGAAAUCUAAGUCCCCGUCUCCCAAGGCAGCAUCACCUGGAAAGAAAUCACCAAAAUCCAGGUCCCCGUCUCCGAAGGCGGCAUCUCCUGGAAAGAAAACACCAAAAUCCAAGUCCUCGUCUCCAAAGGCAGCAUCUCCUGGAACAAAGUCACCAAAGUCCAGAACCCCGUCUCCUAAGACAGCAUCUGCUGAAAAGAAGUCACCAAAAUCCAAGACGCCGUCUCCUACAACGGGAAGGUCUCUCGCUAAAUCUCAAUUGAAGUCUUCAACCCCAGGUCAGGUUUCUUACAAAGAAACUCCCAGUGGCAAGAAGAGGUCAGCCCUGGCAGUGUCAAGUCCUUCCCCUAAGGAAAUUGCUCCCAUUGUUUGUGCAACACCAGCCAAAACCCCCUGUAACUCAGGGGUCUGUACCUCCACAGGGCGCUUCUCUGUGUCACGCAUCAGCACUCCAUCUCCAGUUGCAGAAGAUGUUGUUACUAACAAGAUGCCUUUAGUCACCGUUACCCCUAAAAUACCUCUGAGGAGAAAGAGCAUGAAGAGCACCUCACGCAAGACUCCAAGUAUAUCCAGGAGUGCUGUAAAAGUGAUGCGCAGAAGUGGCAUUUCACGUGCAUCUAUCAAAGUCAGAGAUACCUGGGUGGAUGUCGUGAAAUUUGGUCAAACUAAGGCUCAAGUGGCUGCUCCAGCUAAAAUAAUCGUCCCCAAAAAGACUGCGAAGAAGACUGUGUCCAAACCACAGACCCCUGCACGAAAACUGAAGGGCUAUGUCAGCACUGGACAUGCAAAUUCACCUGUUACCAUUGUUGUGGGCAGAGCUCACAAACAAAAGGUUGUACAUCCAACUGGUGCUGCACCAAGAGUGGUCACCAAUACUGCUCUCUUCAAGAAGAACAUGAAAAUGGAUGAAGACUUGAGUGGCAUUUCUGAAAUGUUUAAAACCCCUGUAAAUGAAAGGAGGAGGAAAUCUGUCAUCAAAGACAACAGUGCCACCGAGACGCCAGUGGGAGUUCUGUCUGUGGUAGAACCAUCAGUUUUAAACACACCAGAGGAGCCAGGCGAAAUGAUGGUGUCUCCACUGAGUGUGGCAUCUACAGUGAAAGGCGAAAUGUACAACAGUGAAGCAGUACAACGCCUCCUUAAUGGAGAUCAAGACUCUAGCUUCAUCAGCGAGAUCCCAGCCUUGGAGAUACACUCUGAAUCUACUGAACAGCAGUGCACAGAUGUGUGGACAACCCAUGUAACAACUCCCAAACAGAAGCCAGAACAACCGGAGAGUCUCACUGGAGUGAAGAGGAUCAUGAAGACACCACGGCAGAAGGCUGAGCCACUUGAGGAUCUGAGAGGGAAGAUUUUGAAAACUCCUAAGCAGAAAGUGGAACAACAGGAAUGCCUCACUGGAGUUAAGAGAAUCAUGAAGACUCCAAGACAGAAGGCUGAACCUGUAGAAGACAUCAGAGGAAAGCUUCUGGCGACUCCCAAACAGAAGCCUGAACAACAAGAGUGCCUCACUGGAGUGAAGAGAAUUUUUAAGACCCCACAACAGGAGCCUGAACCUCUUGAAGACCUUCAAGGAAAAUGUCCGCAGACUCCCAGAGCUCUAGAGGCUGGUGAUGUGAGUCUGGAUGGUAUCGAGGAACUUCAGAAGAUACCAGCACACAUGCAAGAAUCUGAAGACCUAUCUGAAAUGACAGACAUGAAGACUCCAAAUGUGAAGAGCUCCCCAUUGGUGUGUCUCACAGAUGUCAAGAGAAUAAUGAAGACGCCCAAAGAAAAAAGUGCUCCAGUCGAAGAUAUGGUUGGUGUGAAGAGGCUCAUGAAAACUCCCAGAGAGAAAGCUGAACCUGUUGAAGAGAACUUUGGCAUCAAAGCACUCAUGAAGUCACCCAGGCUGAGGGGUAAUGCUCCAGUGGAAGACUUUGAGGGACUCCAAGAGCUCAUGGAGGAGGUACUGACUGAUUCUCCCAGACCACUGAAAACAGAUGAGGUUGAAGAUCAUCCAGCACCUCCGGAUCGCUGUGUGGACAUAGCAAAAGAACUAGACUUUGCCUGUGGGGAGCCACAAGAUGAUACGGCGUCUGAUGUGAUCGACAAUGUUCCCCAAGUUGAUAUGGCAAAAGAAACGGAUGCAAAUGAAGCUCUCGUUCAUAACCACAUUGAGGAGGUGCCAAGUGGACAUGAUAAUAAUGAAUCAUCAGAUGCCAUGGAAACUAUCUCUCAGGCAGCUGUAGAUGAGAGCCUACCUGUGGAACAACCCAAAGUGGAUGCAGUAGAUGAGACUUUAUCUGAAGAACAACAACCAGAAGUGGAGACUGCUACUGGCAAAGUCACAGAGUUGGAGAUGAAUGCUGCAACUCCAGACCAUGAGAAGAAAUCUGUUCGAGGCCGAAGAGCAAAAACAGUGAAACCUGAGGCAGCUGAGGAUAAACAAGAGGCACCGGAGCAUUCUGAAGAUCCUGUUGCCCCAGCUCCAGUCAGAGGAAGAAGAGGGAAGAAAACUGAAGCCCCAGCUCCAUCCACUGUGAGACAAACGACAAGAAACAGAGGCAAGGAUGUUAAGCUCACAUUAGAAGAAAGUGCCCCUCAGUCUUCUGAAGUUGCCCUUAAGCCUAAAAGAGGAAGAAAUGCCAAAAAAGCUUCCGAAGAUCAAGUUGAAAUGGUAAAAGAAGUUGCCUGUGAAACAGAAAUGGUGCCAGAAGUUGAGAGCGAUAACAUCCCUCCACUUGAUGUCGACCACAAAGCAAAUGACAGUGCAGCACCCCAGGAGAAGGCUGUUUCCAAGCCCAAGAGAACAAGAAAAGCUAAACAAGAAUCUGAACAGUCGGUCUCAGAUGUGCCUUGUGACGAUGUUCCCCAAGCAGACGUGGCAAAAGAUACAAAUGAAGUCUGCAGUGACCAGCAGGAGGUGGUGCCCAGUGAAAAUAAUGAAACUAAAUCCAUUGCCAUGGAGACUGUUUCCCAGGCACCUGUAACUGAGAGUCUACCUGCAUUGGUCACAGACACAGAUGCAUCUGUCGUUCAGAAGAAAUCUGUUAGAGGCCGAAGGGCAAAAAUGGCGGAAGCUAAAACAGCUGAAGAUAAACAGGAAGCAGCAAUCGAUUCUGAAGAUCCUGUUGUCCCUGCUCCAGUCAGAGGAAGAAGAGGGAAGAAAACUGAAGCUACUGCACCACCUGCUGUUAGGCAAACAACAAGAACCAGAAACACAAAGUCUAAAGAAAGCACCAGUGAUACUAAUCCUGAAACGCAACCAAUGACUGAGAUUUCUACUGAAGCUGUGAGUGACCAAACCAGCCAAGAAGAAAAUGUUUCUGCGUCCCCUGUAGAGGAAGCUGACCUGAAGCCCGUUCGAGGGAGAAAAUCUAAACAAACACCUGUUGAGCCACCUCAACCAGAGCCAGAGAAAAGUGAAGUCGUGAGUGAGGAGCAGCUUAUGGCAGAUCCUCAACUGCCUGUCCCCACUGUGGGAAAACCCAGAAGAGGGAGAAAGACAAAAACUGAUGUUGAACAAAAUGAGGUUGCAGAAGACACAGUUGUCACUGAGGAGACCAAGCAGCAGUCUCAGCCUCCAGUCAGGGCGAAGAGGGGAAGAAAUGCUAAACAGGAAGCAGAAAAGCAAGAGAAUGAUGGCAAGGCUACCUCAGCUGAGACUCUUAAAUCCCAGGAGCCGGUUAAAAAAUCAAGGAGAACAAGAAAGGCUGAGCAAGACAACGUAGAACCAAGAGAAGAUGAAAUCCAAACUGCUGAAAUGGUUGUCCCCAAGGAGGCUGAAGCUGCACCUGUUGAUGAACCACUGAAGAUGAGUGAACAGGUUAGUGUGGCUGCAAAACCCAGGAGAGGAGGGCGAAAAGCACAAAAAGACACUGAGAGUGAAAUCCCUGUUGAGUCCACUGAGGUCCCUGCUGUCAGCUCCACAGACAAACCCAAACGGGUUAGGAGAGGAAAACAAGUCACUGAAGAUGUUGACGCCACCAUCGAAGUACCAGAGGGAAAACCUGACCGUGAGGUGGAGGCUGAAGAGAAGAAAACCACUGAACCAGAUGUUCCAGUCAUUAAACCUAGCAGAGCGAGGGGGGUGAAAACUGUGAAAAAUGAUGUUUCAAAUGCCAUUCCAGCCAAGAGAGCACGUCGGGGUGCUGCUCUUCCCCUUGAGGAGACCAAUCCAGAGUCCACGGUCCAGGUUUCAGAGUCUGUUCCAACCUCAGUAGAGCCACCUAAAAGGGGACGACGGGCAGCAGCAAAGCCCACAACAGAUGAAUCCGCUUUGAGUUGUGACCAGGCAAAUCCCUCUGAAGAUUUAAGCAAUGCUGUUGUGGAAGACACAAAAAAGUCCAAAAGAUCUGUCAAGUGGAAAGCAGAACCAGAAGUCUUUCAGAUUCCAAAAGAAACACCUGUAAAAGCUGUUCGAGGCAGGAGGUCAAAACUUGGAGACCAAGUUGAACCUGAAAGCAAAAAUGUGUCAAAGGCUGCGAGCAAAACUGAAGAGAAGGAUCUCUCAGAUGAAGUUGUUGAAGCUCAGCCCAUCAAGAGAGCCAGGCGAGGGGCAAAGGUCACUGAUGACACAGAGUCCUCAAGCAAAGUAAAGAAAGGUGCUGAAGCUGAGACACAGCCAAAACCCAGAAGAGGAAGAACAGCAAAGAAAUAAGAGCAUUUGUAUACUGUAUAUUCUUAAUCACAUCUAUUUUUUCCUUCAAACCCUUUGUAAUUGUCAUGUUUUAGAUUGUAAGGCAUUUUAGAAAGUAGUUUUAUAGACGAAAAAUGAAGCACUGCUUGUUGUUUGUUUUCCAUGGCUGCAGGGAAUCUGGUUUUAACCAUUUGUUUUGUGACAAGUUGUAUGUUAUUCAUUACUGAUCUGAUUUUUUAUUCUUCCAAAUAUUUUCAUGGUGGGGGAAAAAAGUGGUUAUUAAAUUUUUUUGUACAAUGGAA